UUCCAGCGCAGCCUCCCAGAAUGCUUUGCAUGGGGACGUGCGUCUGACGUCACGUAUACAGAAAAUUCAAAAUGGCUGCACGCGGUAGGUGAGGCCCGAGCGAAGAAAAGUGGAAAAGAGUGUUAUUCGUCAAAAAACCCACACAACGACGGUCAUUUUUUCGCCGUGCUAUUGUAAAAUUGUCUUUUAUCUGUGUUUUGUGUUCCGGGGGACCCCGACUCCAGAAUGUGAAAGUUUCCCGCGUGAAGCCGUGGAGCUCGAGAUCCUGUUUACUGUGGACUAGCUGUGUGUGACGCCAUGUUGUUUUUGUUUACAUUAAAAAAAAAAAGCUCCACCGUCUCGCCGAGUGCCAGCAAGAGUCAUGAGUACUUGUCAACUCGACUCCUCAACUGGAGAUAACUUUCUAGCACCUCACCAUGGGGAAGGAUGUAUUCAUAUGCCUUCACCAGCAUAUGCAUUAAACAUGCAGAGAGUUACACAAGUUCUUACCACCUUGGGGCACCAUUCAGGGUGCCUUUUCAUCUGAUUAAAUUUAUAAUGAACAGGGACAUUGCGGUUGUCCCAAGUGGAUGGUAUGAUGAUAGGAUGGUUUUCUGGCCCAGCUAUAAAAACACCGACAGAAUUGAAAGGGCCGCUUUAAAUGAGGAGCAGCAUGAGCCAAACUGGCCAAGAUUUGACGUUUCUGUUGUCCGAACUUGUGACAACUACAAAGACGCAUUAAAAAUAAUGCAACAAUAUGGAAAGGGCUGCAACACCUCAGACCUGCAAUCUGAGGCAGAGAACGAGGAGCUGCCAGAAAAAAGGAACAGGAAGCCAGUCCAUCGUCUCGGGGACUCAGAUGAUAGCGAAGAAGACCCGGGAAAUAGUGACCUCACAUCUCUGGGGUUGGCAAGCCAAUUGCACAGGCAGACUCCACCGUCUCGCCGAGUGCCAGCAAGAGUCAUGAGUACUUGUCAACUCGACUCCUCAACUGGAGAUAACUUUCUAGCACCUCACCAUGGGGAAGAACGCAUUCAUAUGCCUUCACCAGCACCUGCAUUAAACAUGCAGAGAGUUACACAAGGAACGGCAGUCCCUCCUCGACUCCCUCCACCCCCCUCACCAGCAGCCCUCAACAUGUGGCAGACAGAGGAGCCUGGAUCCAGCCUGGCCUACAGGCCAACAUGGCGAGGGGAAAGAAUGGCUGACAACAUUUCCUGCUCUGCGCCUGAGGUAAUCCACAUCAUUAGCCUGCUGGAAACUAUUAAGCACAACCAAGACCAGCUGAUUGCGAAGGUGCUGUGAGUAAAAAUGUGUUGACAAGGUCAGCCACGGACGCUGAGGUCACCAAACACGCCAUCAGGUGGUUCAACUUGGCGGGGGAUCGGGCAACGAGGAGACGAGUCCCGCUUACACCUCCUCAGGAGGAAUAGAGAUGUAUAUGUAUAAAUAAACAACCUUUUAUUGGACUUCUUGUCAUUCACCAGUUAUUCAUUUUCUGAUAUGUUAGCUGUGCAUGGAGCAGCGUUUCCUUGAAGUUGUAGCCUAAUAGAUUAAAUAUGUAUAUUUACUUUUUAAAUAUAUAUUAUAUAUAUUUACUUUAUAGAGUGAAUUGAC